AUGGAGACGGGAUCAUGGCUGACUCUGCUCGGACUCGUCCUGGCUUUGGCUGCGGUGGGACACUCUAUCCAGGAGGAAGGAGCCAACCAGCACCAGCCCACAGACUCAGAGGAGAAUGUGGUGGAGACACUGGACGGAUUGGACAUGGAGGAUCCACUGGGCCGUGCCAUUGAGCAGCGCCUCUUGUACCCAAUCAUUCGUUCCCUCUCCCAGGGCGCUCACAGAUACGGACGCAACCCCUCCGUGCUUCACCAGCCACAGAGGUUUGGGCGUGGCACCCGGGGAGACGAGGAGCCGGAGAGGAUACAGUCCCGCGACUGGGAGACCGUCCCGGGCCAGAUCUGGAGCAUGGCUGUGCCACAGAGAUUUGGGCGAAAGUAGAGCAAAACGACCCACGCGACCAACGC